CCUCCUCUUCUCUUCUCUCUCUCUCUCUCUCUCUCUCUCUUCUUCGAAGACAUCGGACCGAGUUCUCUGAUCCAUUGUAAUGGCUUCUUCUCUCCCUCGUCAAGCCCAGUUGUGAUGGUUCAACUACUUUGGAAAAGGAGUAAGGGAAUGCUUGUAAAAUGAAACCCAAAUCAUGUUUUAUGGUUAUGGCUGUAGUAAUGUUCUUCGUUGUGUAUAAGUUGACAAAAUUCCAACAGACACAAGAAGAGAUGGUAUCAAUAUCUCAUCCUUUUGAUUCCAUGGUGGAGGAGGACACCACAGAAGCUGUAAAAAUUGGUUAUUUACCUCAAGGUAUCAUAGAAUCACAAUCUGACUUGGAAUUGAAGCCUUUGUGGCUUACAAAGAGUUCGAAUCUACAGAAGGAUGACCAGCCUCGUAAAAAUUUGCUUGCUAUGGCUGUUGGCAUUAAACAGAAGAAAAAUGUCGACGACAUUGUUAAUAAGUUCUUUUCAGAGAAUUUUACAGUUAUUUUAUUCCAUUACGAUGGUAAUGUCAACGACUGGCAUGAUUUUGAGUGGAGUGAUAGUGCAAUCCAUAUAGUUGCUAAUCAUCAAACAAAAUGGUGGUUUGCAAAGCGUUUUAUGCACCCGGAUGUGGUUUCUGCUUAUGAUUAUAUAUUUCUUUGGGAUGAAGAUUUGGGCAUUGAUAAUUUUCAUCCUGGAAGGUACUUGAAAAUUGUGGAAUCUGAAAGACUAGAUAUAUCUCAGCCGGCAUUGGACCCAAGUCUUUCUGAAGUACAUCACAGGAUAACCAUUCGUCGAAGUAAAGGGAAUCUACACAGGAAAGUUUCUGAUUCUCGAACUAGGAGAAGAUGUUCUGGUACUAACAAUGGACCCCCAUGCUCUGGAUUUGUGGAGGGAAUGGCUCCUGUAUUUUCAAGGCCGGCAUGGCGUUGUGUUUGGCAUCUUAUUCAGAAUGAUUUGAUUCACGGAUGGGGAAUCGAUUACAAACUUGGAUAUUGUGCUCAGGGCGAUCGUACUAAAAGGGUUGGAGUGAUAGAUAGUGAGUAUGUUGUCCAUCAAGGAGUGAAGACCUUAGGCGGGUUCUCCGAAGAACAGAAUACCUUUCUUCGUCGUGUCCAAACAUCAAAAGGUAUGAUAAUACAGAACCAACCUCAGAAAAAGAGUGUUGAUCAAUCUAUGCAUCGAAUCAAGGUUAGGAAACAAGCAACAUUGGAACUUCAAAAAUUUCAGGAUCGAUGGGACCGUGCUAUUAAAGACGAUGAAAAUUGGGUUGAUCCAUUUCAACCUCACGAAGGCGGCAGUGAGGAUCAAGUCCUUGCGAAGAAAACUUAAUCUCAGGGCGAAGAACAUUAUCGGUCAAAGCGAUGAACUCUUCAAUGGAUUAAAUUGACCGGAAAAUCUAGGUAUGCAAAUCCCGGAUACUACAAUUCUAUUAUAUAAAUGUAUGUCAAAGUUUACUGAGGUUUUAAGUUAGGGUUUCAAGAAACAAAUCCAUUGGUGGUCUCUUAGUCCACAGCUCACCAAAAAGACCAAAGAAUGAAGACUCUUUCUAUGCUUUAUAAUAUUUAGAAUAAGCAUGAAGAUCUAGGGUUUAAUGUAAUCUUCUUUUUUUUAUUAUUUUGUUUGGAUAUUUGAUUAAAAUUUCCCAAUUUUUUAGAGAACAUCAGGUAAGAAGAUAUGUAUUAUUAGGACUAAGGACUCAAGGAACUGGUCAAAUGAACAACAUAUAUAGUUUAAAUUGGGGAAAUAUUGUAUUAAUCCACAUAUGAUAUUCAUUCACUCUAAAUAUAUAUUUUUCUGUUAUUGUUA